CUUCCCUUUAUUUUCUUUGCUCGUGCCUACCUUUCCAGAAGUGAAGAAACUCCCUUGUAGGUUCCUGCACAUUAGGCCAUUGCUAUUAUCCUCACGCUCCUUUGAAUGGCAGUCAAAACAAAACUCUAUAUAAAUUGGACACCCACUUCACCCUUUUGCAUAUCCAUCAAACAAUACAUUCUCUAAUUCUCUGCAGAUACAUACCAAUAUCAGGUAGAUAUGGCUAGAGCACUCAAAUUUGUGAGCUUCCUCUUCCUUGUUCUGGUGUUGAACUCCAUUGCCAUCCAUGGCCGCCCCUUUAAUGUGUUGAAGAAGCCGCGAGGCCCUGAUGGUGAGGAGAUGAGGGGAUUCUUUGAUGGGUUGUCUCUUGGAGCCAUCAAGCAAUCAGGACCAAGCCCUGGUAAUGGACACAAAUUCACCAACGCUGGAACACUUGGAGGAAUCAAGGACUCGGGUCCCAGCCCUGGUGAGGGACACAAGUAUGUCGACGGCAUGCCCCACUGAGAUCUAUCUAUACUGCUAUAUAUACUUGAUUAGCAGCCCUGACAUGGAUUCUUUUGUUGGGGUUCAUUUAUUUAUUCUGAGAUUGUGCAUGUGGGUGGGGUUCAGUACUUGGGUUAUGAUUGGUAUUUACUUUUUCAGUUCGUAAUUUUUUGUUCUUUUCAUUGAUUUCCCUUGGUGUUACAAAAGGAAAUGUAAUAGAACUUUCAUUAUUUCAUAUGAUUAUUCAAUAAAAUAAGUUAAUAAUUUAUUAUUUAUUAUU